UGUGACAAUAGCAUUGCCAUCUGAUUUUGACAGAUCUCAGAAGCUCAGUAAGGCUGAACCCAGACAUAAUGGGAUGGGAAACCUCUGAGAAAAACCAGAUUGCUGCUGUAACUGGUGUUUGUGGACAACGCUUGCUUCAUAGUUGCAGCAGGAAGAAGCCAUCGUAACUGCUACUACAAGAGACAGAUAACAGCAUAUUUCCUGGGGAAAUUGUGGACUCUAAUGCUAUUGAAAUUGUGCGAAGUAAGUUUUACUUCUAUUCAUGCUUCAGAUUCUGAAGAAAGGACUGUUGUGUUCCCCAUUCCCUGUACCUGCAUGUUUUCCAGAGCUGUAAAAUAGCCACUAUUUACAGAUGGUGCAAACAAAGAGAACCAGCAACCUCAGGCAAGGCAAACCCACACAAGUUCUCAAACCCAGCCAUGAACGAUUUUGAGUCUGAUUGGUCUCUGCUUCAUGAUGCUGCUUUUAAUGGGCACCUUCUCUCACUGCACAAACUGAUUGCCAAGGGCUACAGUGUAAACCUGUCAACUUUGGAUAGAGUGACGCCUCUCCAUGGAGCCUGCCUGCAGGGACAUGUCCUAUGUGCAAAACAUUUGAUAGAAAAUGGGGCAAACGUGAAUGUGGCCACAGUGGACUGGAACACCCCUCUGUUCAAUGCCUGUUCCAGAGGAAACACUGCCUGUGUGAACCUCCUCCUGCAGAAGAGGGCUGAACCUCAGGGAGCAAAUGACCUGGCCUCACCCAUCCACGAGGCUGCAAAACACGGUCAUACAGAUUGUAUUGAACUCUUAGUGAAGCAUGGGGCUGAUAUUGACUACCAGGUUAAACACUUGGGUUCACCUCUGUAUGUUGCUUGCUUGGGACAGCAUCUGGAAUCUGUGACGAAACUGCUUCAGUCAGGCGCCAACGUGAACAGCGGUAAACAUCUGGACAGCCCACUUCAUGCAGCGGCUCAGAACUCUAGACCUGAUUUUGUUCGGGUGCUGCUUGCUCAUGACGCAGAUGUGAACAUCAGAAAUGCCGAAGGCAAACAGCCCCGGGAUCUGGCUCCUCCAAACAGCGAUGUGGAGAAACUUCUGAGGCAGGGGGAAGGACCCACAUCCUUAAUGCAGAUAUGUCGCCGGUCUAUUAGGAAAGAUUUGGGGAGAGCAAGGCUGAGUGAAGUGUUUGGACUCCCGAUUCCAGCUGAGCUGAAGCACUUUCUGUUGUACAAAUAAAACCACUUCCAACUUCCAGGCCUCUGGGAAGGAAAACAACACAAGACAGAUUUAUAUUGACAUAGUGUUUCCACAGUGUGUGCUGCACAUUGAACAUUUUUUCUGCAUUACAUUUACACUGAUAUAAUUAUGGUACAUUUUUAUAAAAAUAACCUUGUAUCAUAUGGAUGGAAGAGUUUGUGUCCAUAUAGGAUUUGCUGUGUCCUACAGGAAAGCACCCAAGCCUGAGCUACAUAGCACUGUCAUAAUAACAGUGAAUUCUGACAGCUAACCUCUACUGGGUGUCCUAUGGUGCUACUGUAUGAGCCCUUUUAAAGGGCUCUUUUUAAGGUGUUUCUCAUGUGUUUAUCCUUCUUUUGACUGACUGCAAGUUUCUGAAUAAUUGCUAUGAUAUUGCUUGUUUUCAAUAAAAACUGCUAUAUUUGAAAAUGUAAACUAGAUUUAAUCUGACCAAAUCCUACCCCUCUCUUCAAGAAGAAUGAGCCAGGUUGCUGCCGCAAGAAAGCUAUUAAAAGACACCAUUAUAGUAAUGACACUUUAGCAUUUAUUCUUAUUUGUUGUUCAUAACCUGGUCCAUAAAAAUGCUUAUGUUUUUAAAUAAUUGGAACAAUAGGAAUAAAUGGUUGAUUGUUGUGA